AUGCCACCAGGGUAAGUCAACCGUGACUUUGCAGAGAGCUGAAACAGCUGAGUGCAGAAGCCCAGCCCUGAGCUGAAUCGGAGAACAGCAGCAUGCCUGAUUACAGACAGCAGCUGCUGCCGUUUUGAAGAUAUUAUGAGGACUCUGUCAUCUGGAGGAUCUUUUAUAGACUUAAGAAGGCAGCUGUCCUAGCAUUGUCAGAGAACCUGUGUUAUCCCAGAACGCUGCCCCAAGCUUGCCAGACAGCACUGAAUAUUAAAAACCUUGGAAGCUGCAUUAAAAAGGAAAGAGAUGAACUGAAGACUAAACAUGUAUGGGAAUUAUCCUCACUUCAUUAAGUUUCCUGCUGGCUUUGGCAAUUCUCCUGUUCACACCAAUUCCACGAAUGUGAGCCCCUCAUUGAGCCUUCACACAGGGAAUUCAGUGGAUGGCCAUCUUAACUACAUCGAGGCUCCAGUGAGUGCUGCAAGGACACUUUCAUCCCCAAUGAAUGCUAUAGGGUCUUCUAUGAAUGCCCUGGGUUCACCAUACAGAGUCAUUGCUUCAUCCAUUGGAUCUCAUUCUGUUUCUCUAUCCUCAAGUCCGGGCAUGAAUUUUGUGUCUCAUACAAGUCCUCAGCUCAAUGUCAUGAACCAUACCAGCAGCUCUGAGGACAUCAAACCCUUACCAGGCCUCCCAGGAAUUGGAAACAUGAAUUAUCCAUCUACAAGCCCAGGAUCCCUGACCAAACACAUCUGUGCUAUCUGUGGGGACAGAUCAUCAGGGAAGCACUACGGGGUAUACAGCUGUGAGGGCUGUAAAGGUUUCUUCAAGAGGACAAUAAGAAAGGACCUUAUCUACACAUGCCGCGAUAACAAAGACUGCCUAAUAGACAAGCGUCAGCGUAACCGCUGCCAGUACUGCCGUUAUCAGAAAUGCUUGGCUAUGGGUAUGAAGAGAGAAGCUGUGCAAGAGGAGCGGCAGAGAAGCCGAGAGAGGAGCGAGAACGAGGCUGAGUCCACGAGCAGUAGUAAUGAGGACAUGCCCGUGGAAAGGAUUUUAGAAGCUGAAUUAGCUGUUGAACCAAAGACUGAAUCAUACAGUGACAUGAAUGCUGAGAACUCGACGAAUGACCCUGUCACUAACAUAUGUCAUGCAGCUGACAAGCAGCUCUUCACACUAGUUGAAUGGGCCAAGCGAAUCCCCCACUUCUCAAACCUAAUGCUGGAAGACCAAGUGAUUCUUCUUCGUGCAGGCUGGAAUGAGCUGCUGAUUGCAUCUUUUUCUCAUCGCUCUGUGUCUGUGCAAGAUGGCAUCCUGCUCGCCACAGGCUUGCAUGUACACCGCAGCAGUGCACACAGCGCUGGCGUGGGCUCUAUUUUUGACAGAGUUCUGACAGAGCUAGUAUCUAAGAUGAAAGACAUGCAGAUGGAUAAGUCUGAGCUAGGGUGCCUGCGAGCCAUCGUCCUGUUUAAUCCAGAUGCCAAGGGCUUGUCCAGUCCCUCUGAAGUGGAAUCGCUAAGAGAAAAGGUCUAUGCCACGCUGGAAGCAUAUACAAAGCAGAAGUACCCUGAACAACCUGGCAGGUUUGCCAAACUCCUCCUCAGACUGCCAGCACUGAGAUCUAUCGGGCUGAAAUGCCUCGAGCAUCUCUUCUUCUUCAAGUUGAUCGGGGACACGCCUAUUGACACCUUUCUCAUGGAGAUGCUGGAGACCCCACUCCAGAUCACCUGAUCCUUGUUGCUGGGAAAGAGAUGGUACAGACCAGCUUAGGAUAUAAUGGACCCUGUCUGCUCCUGCACAGCCUUCUUUCCCUUUCCCCAUACUAUGACAGCUCAUAAUACAGAGAGAGAGGCUUUCUGAUUCUUCAGAUCUUUUUAGGUGGGAAUUUUUGUACACAGGUCAAGUGAUGCAUCUAACCAUUCCCUUGCCAGCUGUAGGAUCUCUUCAGAACACUAACAAGCCAUUUCCCCCUGUACAUAUAUCAUCAGUUUAAAUUAUUUUUUCACUUUCAAAAAUAAAAAGGAACAAAAUAAAAUAAUAUAUAAGACAUCAGCACUAA